UUGUUGCAGAAAAAAGGAACAGCAGCAGAUGUACUCAACAAGGACUGAUUACAUUUCUUCAGCAUUCACCAAGAAACCAAGGACAACAAAUGUUGUAGCAGGAGGUGUGGCUGUUUUUGAAGCUGAGACAGAGAAAACUGGCAUCAAGGUGAAGUGGCAGCGUAAUGGUGUAGAAAUGACUGAAAGCGAGAAAUAUGUCAUCAAAUCAGAGGGGAACAAGCAUUCAUUGACCAUUAAUAAUGUUGGAAAAGAGGAUGAUGUGAUGUAUGCAGUAAUUGCUGGAAGUUCCAAAGUCAAGUUUGAACUCAAAGUCAAUGAACCAGAGAAGAUGGAAGAGGUCCCUACUGAAACGUCUCCUGAACCAACUGUCUCAAAUGUAUCUCCAGUGGCAGAUGCUGGGCCUACAGUUAACCUUCCAGCUCCAUCUACUGAAGUCCAGCAGGAAAUCACUGUGGAUCCUGUUGGUGUCUUUGUGACUCGACCCCAGGAUGGAGAAGUGACUGUGGGGGAGAAUAUCACAUUCACCGUCAAAGUGGCAGAAGAAAGUCUGCUGAAGAAGCCGUCAGUGAAGUGGUUCAAGGGAAAGUGGAUGGACCUAGGAAGCAAAGUGGGGAAACAUCUCCAGCUUCAUGAUGCUUACGACCGAAAUAACAAGAUUUACAUUUUUGAAAUGAACAUUAUCGAAGCAAAGCCUACCUAUGCAGGGGGAUAUAGGUGUGAAGUAACUACCAAGGACAAGUUUGAUAGCUGUAAUUUCAACCUCAUUGUCCAUGAGGCACCUGCAGUGGGAGAUAUAGACAUCCGCUCAGCAUUCCGACGGACGAGCAUGGUAGGAGGAGGGAGACGGAUGACUUCAGCCUUCUCCAGUGUGGAUGGACAUGAAGAAGGCAGAGAAUUGGAUUUCAGUACCUUGCUCAAAAAGAGCAGCUUCUUGCGCUCAGUACAUCGUGAUGCAAAAACUGAAUCACAGCCAGAAAUUGAUGUCUGGGAAAUCCUUCGGAAUGCUCCUGCAUCAGAAUAUGAAAAAAUUGCUUUCCAGUAUGGCAUCACUGACCUGCGAGGGAUGUUGAAACGCCUCAAACGUAUGAAAAAGGAGGAAAAGAAAAGCACAUCCUUUGUCAAGAGGCUGGAUCCUGCCUAUCAGAUUGAUAAAGGACAGAAGAUCAAAUUAAUGGUGGAACUUGCUAACCCAGAAGAUGAAGUGAAGUGGCUAAAGAACGGGCAAGAGAUCCAUGUGAGCGGCAGCAAAUAUAUUUUUGAGGGCCUUGGAAAUAAGAGGUUUCUGACCAUCAACCACUGCUCACUAGCCGAUGAUGCGGCAUAUCAGUGUGUGGUUGGUGAGGAAAAGAGUUUCACGGAACUGUUUGUGAGAGAGCCCCCAGUACUGAUUACUCAUUCACUAGAGGACCAGGUGGUCAUGGUUGGAGAAAGAGUGGAGUUUGAAGUUGAAGUGUCCGAAGAAAGUGCUGCUGUGAAAUGGGAAAAGGAUGGAAUGGAGCUGACCCGGGAAGAGGCAUUCAAGUAUCGAUUCAAAAAUGAUGGGAAAAAGCAUUACCUCAUCAUUAAUGAAUCCACCAAGGAGGAUAAUGGACACUACAAAGUGAAGACUAAUGGAGGGGAAUCGGUUGCUGAAUUGAUUGUACAAGAGAAGAAGCUGGAGGUGUACCAGAGUAUUGCAGACCUGACAGUGAAGGCACGGGACCAGGCCAUCUUCAAGUGUGAGGUUUCUGAUGAAAACGUGAAAGGCAUCUGGUUGAAAAAUGGGAAGGAGGUGAUCCCAAAUGAGAGGAUCAAAAUCUCUCAUAUUGGCAGGAUCCAUAAGCUAACCAUUGAUGAUGUAACCCCAGAAGACGAAGCUGAUUAUUCUUUUAUUCCUGAAGGAUUUGCAUACAAUCUCUCAGCCCACCUUCGGUUUUUGGAAAUUAAGAUUGACUUUGUGCCAAGACAAGAACCCCCCAAAAUCCAUCUAGACUGCAUGGGACAGACUCCUGACACCAUUAUUGUAGUGGCUGGAAACAAACUGCGAUUGGAUGUCCCUAUAUCAGGAGAUCCUGUACCCACGGUGAUCUGGCAGAAAGUAAACAAGAACAAGGACGUAGUGCUAAUAAAUGACAAAUCCACUGAUCCUAUAGGCACAAGUGGAAAUUUGAGUGACGACAACAAGCUCCUUACUGAUUCUGAAGGCAGAGUUCGUGUGGAGAUGUAUGAAGACCACUGUGUGUUCACCCUUGAAGGAGCUGAGAAGGAAGAUGAGGGGGUCUACAGAGUUAUGGUUAAGAACGCAGCAGGAGAAGAUACAGCUGACAUCACUGUCAAAGUUAUUGACGUACCUGACCCACCUGAGGCUCCCCAAGUCACCAAUGUUGGUGAAGACAGCUGCACGGUGCAGUGGCAGCCUCCGAAAUGUGAUGGAGGACAGCCAGUCCUGGGCUAUAUCUUAGAAAGAAAGAAGAAAAAGAGCUACAGGUGGAUGAGACUGAACUUCGACCUUCUGAAGGAUCUGUCCUAUGAAGCAAAGAGAAUGAUUGAAGGAGUUGUUUAUGAGAUGCGCAUUUAUGCAGUAAACUCUGUGGGCAUGUCCCGGCCUAGUCCUGCCUCACAGCCCUUCAUGCCAAUUGCCCCUCCAAGUGAGCCAACACAUUUUACAGUGGAAGACAUUUCCGACACUUCGGUGACUUUGAAGUGGAGACCCCCUGAACGGAUUGGAGCAGGAGGCCUGGAUGGCUAUAACAUUGAGUACUGCAAAGAAGGAUCCACUGAAUGGAUUCCAGCUCUUCAUGGCCUAACUGAGCGCACCUCUGUCAUGCUCAAAAAUUUGGUCACAGGAGACAAACUGUAUUUUCGCAUCACUGCCAUAAACCUAGCUGGUAUAAGUCCCCCAGCAGUUACCAAAGAGCCAAUUACAAUCCGAGAAAUCUUGCAACAUCCCAAAAUCUGGUUGCCACGCAAUCUCAGACAGACCCUGAUGAAGAAAGUUGGAGAUACAAUCAACAUUGUAAUUCCUUUUCAGGGUAAACCUAGGCCUAAAGUUACUUGGACAAAGAAUGGUCAGCCACUAGACUCCAAGGAAGUGGGAAUUCGAAACAGCAACACAGACACAAUCCUGUUUAUCAGAAAAGCUGAACGCCAUCACUCUGGAGUAUAUCAAGUAGAGGUGCAAAUAGAAAACAUGACAGAUAAGGUUGAUAUUACCACACAGAUCAUGGACAAGCCUGGCCCUCCUCAGAAUGUGAAGAUUGUGGAUGUGUGGGGCUUCAACGUUGCGCUGGAAUGGAAACCACCUCAGGAUGAUGGCAAUGCUCAGAUCACAGGAUAUACAGUCCAAAAGGCAGACAAAAAGACAAUGGAAUGGUAUACUGUGUUUGAUCACUAUCGCCGCACAAAUUGUGUCGUAUCAGACUUAAUAAUGGGAAAUGAAUACUAUUUCCGGGUCUUUAGUGAAAAUCUGUGUGGACUGAGUGAAAAUGCUGCAACUACCAAAAAUUCUGCCUACAUUAAGAAAACAGGCACAGUUUACAAGCCACCAAACUACAAAGAGCAUGACUUCUCAGAAGCACCGAAAUUUACUCACCCGCUAUCAGAUCGCUCUGUGGUUGCUGGGUACAAUGCCACCCUCAGCUGUGCUGUAAGAGGAAGCCCAAAGCCCAAAAUCUUCUGGUUCAAGAACAACGUGGACCUUUCUGGAGAUGCCAAAUAUCGCAUGUUUAGUAAACAUGGAGUGCUGACUCUCGAAAUCCGAAAGCCCAGCCCAUUUGAUGGAGGACUUUACACCUGCAAAGCUGUGAAUGAAUGUGGUGAAGCUGAAAUCGACUGCCGGCUGGAGUGCCACAGUAGAACUCUGAACUAAUGGUUGUCAGCACGUCCAGAUCAAACUGGAAUCACUGAAGGAAAAAGUAAUUAAGAGAUAAUCCUAGUUAAUUGAAUGUUUUUGCUUGUUUUUUAAAGGGCCAUGUUUAAAUAGGUGUACACACUAGAGAGAAGUUAAUAUUGAGCUGCAAACGUAAGAUCAGGAAAUCUUGCAAAACAAAAUUUCCUCUGCUUGAUCAAAAACUCCUGACAUCUUUAUCUAGAUCAGGGCUGCAAAACUUUGGCCCUCCUGCAGAUGUUGGACUACAGCUCCCAUUAUCCCUGACUAUUGGUCACUGUGGUUUGGGAUUAUGGGAGUUAUAGUUCAAAAACAGCUGGAGGGCUGAAGCUGUGCAUUCCUGAUCUAGAUGUUCACACAGACCUCUUAUUUGCAAGGACUUCUCCAUUCAGCCCAAUGGAGGUACCCUAUCUACACCUGUUCUUGUGGUCAGAAUCCAUGGAUAUCAUCUUGAGGACAGGGCAACUCUAUACAUGCCCAUUAUGAGUCACUAAACCUUAGCAAUAAACUCCUCUCCUGGAGAGUCACUUGAUCAGCACCAAAGUAUCAGAGGCAGUGGAAACAUCAACAUCCUAGGUCAUCACUUUUGACUAUUUAUUGAAUAUUUUAAUUCCAAGAUUUAACUGAUAACAUAGUUUUCUUCACAAAACCCAUUCUGACAGUUCUGUUGUCACACUGGAAAUUAUGAGAAAGCUUUGUUUUUCUCCCUAAAAAAUAGAUAGCUUAGAAUCUGCACAUUCAGAAAAAGUUUUAGAAGCAUUUGUCUACUUUUCCGAACACAAUUGUAUCAUUACCUGUUGCUAUUUAUAUCAGUUAAUCAUAGUGAAUGCUGUAAAAUCCAUGCCCAUUUUAGAAAGUACAGAGCAACUCAGAGGCAACAGACUGAAAGAGGAAGGUUUACGGAUGUUAGAGCUCUGUCUUACACUUUGUACGUUAUAAUAAAGACACAGUAAAAUUUGCA